AGUCGCGCCGCAAGCCCCGGAGGGGCCACACGUGUCCUCGUUCCCGCCACGCGACUUAUGUAACCAUCCACACGGUCUCCACCUCCAGUCACAAAUCAGCCCUGACAACAAUUAUUUAAGUCAAACAACAAAUCGAACGAAGCGCCUUCAACCGAUACUAUCAAUUACGUAGUUAGCAUAAGAUAUAGUUAGUGAACACAAGUGCCAAGCGUGGAUAGUUUUAGUUAGUAAUAGUCGUGCGUGCGUGGUGUGUCGGCGGUGCGGGGCCGGGCGUCGAUGCGUCGGUAGUCGAGUCGCAGUCGGGAAUCAAGAUUGAGGUGGUGGCUGGGUGCGGGUGGGGCCGCCGGGCGCGCGUGAGGCCGCUGCACGCGCUGGGCCGCGCGGCCGGGAUGUUGGCGUCGCAGCGCUCGCAGUCUUGCAACGAGGAGGGCGCGUUCUUCGGCGCGCGCGCGCUGCGCAGGCCGCGCGGCAAGGGCAGCGGCAGCCCGCCCUGCUAGGGGUACGCCAUGUCGCUGCGCAGCCUGCACCGGCGGCUAUCAUCCGCUAAUAACACAUGCGAGGAUGGUGGAGGCGGCGCGGCGACAGGCACGGGCGGGCGGACGGCGUCGCUGCGGCUCGCCAACGGGCGCGUGGCGGCGCAGUCCGCGGAACAGCUGCCGCACUCGCCGGGCGACUGCGCGUCCGUGCGCAUCUCCAUCGACAACACCAACACCUGCUGCACAGACUCGCUCGUCACCGCCCUCGACGACGAGACGCUGCUGCUCGGCGACGCCGAUAUGGCCCUAAAGCAGGGCAGCGGCACCGGCAAAGUCCACUUCGGUGGUUUGGACGAUGUGUCCCUGUACGGCACGCCAGUGGAGCCCGCCCCACCGGUGUCCGACGCCAAGCAGGGCUUCCUGCGGAACCAGCUGCAGGCCCUCUUCCAACCCACCGACAACAAGCUCGCCAUGAAACUCUUCGGCUCCAAGAAGGCUCUCAUGAAGGAGCGCAUCAGGCAGAAGGCGGCCGGCCAUUGGGUUAUACAUCCUUGCAGUAGUUUCAGAUUCUACUGGGAUCUGUGCAUGCUGCUGCUCCUGGUGGCCAACCUGAUCAUCCUGCCCGUCGCCAUCUCCUUCUUCAACGACGACCUCAGCACGCGCUGGAUUGCCUUCAACUGUCUCUCGGACACAAUUUUCCUUAUAGAUAUCGUUGUUAAUUUUAGGACAGGAAUAAUGCAGCAAGAUAAUGCAGAACAAGUGAUAUUAGAUCCCAAGUUAAUAGCGAAGCACUAUUUGAGGACAUGGUUCUUCCUUGACCUCAUCUCUAGUAUACCACUAGAUUAUAUAUUCUUGAUCUUCAAUCAGGACUUUAGUGAAAGCUUUCAAAUUCUUCACGCGGGUCGUGCACUAAGGAUACUCCGGUUAGCCAAGCUGCUGUCCCUGGUGCGGCUGCUGCGGCUGUCCAGGCUGGUCCGCUACGUCUCGCAAUGGGAGGAAGUAUAUAUGAGCCCCGCUCCGCAGCCGCGCGGCGCGCCGAGCGACGCCGAGAGCACCGGCUCGCGCGACCUCGUCACGCAGAUCUUGCAGAAUCUUCAAAAAAAGCGCACGGAACGAAGGGGACGUCUCAGCUCCGACGUUGCCAAAAAGAAGGGUGGCACCAAAAGCAAUCUGAUCUUCAAGUUCCUCAACAUGGCAUCGGUGUUCAUGCGGAUAUUCAACUUAAUCUGCAUGAUGUUGUUGAUCGGCCACUGGUCCGGAUGCCUUCAAUUCCUGGUUCCUAUGUUGCAAGGGUUCCCGGCGAACUCUUGGGUUGCUAUAAACGAGUUGCAGGAUUCAUUCUGGUUGGAACAGUACUCGUGGGCACUAUUUAAGGCCAUGUCACACAUGCUGUGCAUCGGAUACGGCCGGUUCCCGCCGCAGUCUCUCACCGACAUGUGGCUCACGAUGCUGUCCAUGAUCUCGGGCGCCACCUGCUACGCUCUCUUCCUCGGCCACGCCACCAAUCUCAUCCAGUCGCUCGACUCCUCUCGCAGACAAUACAGAGAAAAGGUGAAACAAGUAGAAGAAUACAUGGCUUACCGAAAACUUCCUCGGGAGAUGAGACAGCGCAUCACGGAGUACUUCGAGCACCGGUACCAGGGCAAGUUCUUCGACGAGGAGCUCAUCCUCGGCGAGCUGAGCGAGAAGCUCCGAGAAGACGUGAUCAACUACAACUGCAGGUCGCUGGUGGCUUCUGUGCCGUUCUUCGCUAAUGCUGACUCCAACUUCGUGUCCGACGUCGUCACUAAGCUACGUUACGAAGUCUUCCAACCUGGCGAUAUCAUCAUAAAAGAAGGAACAAUCGGAAACAAGAUGUAUUUCAUACAAGAAGGAAUCGUAGAUAUAGUAAUGGCGAACGGCGAAGUAGCAACGAGCCUCUCCGACGGGUCAUACUUCGGAGAGAUCUGCUUGCUGACCAACGCGCGGCGAGUGGCGUCCGUCCGCGCGGAGACAUACUGCAACCUGUUCUCGCUGUCCGUAGACCACUUCAACGCAGUCCUCGACCAGUACCCGCUCAUGCGGCGCACCAUGGAGAGCGUGGCCGCCGAGCGACUCAACAAGAUAGGCAAGAACCCCAACCUCGUGGCGCACCGCGAGGACGACACCACGUCGGAAGGGAACACGAUCAACGCCGUGGUGAACGCGCUGGCAGCCGAGGCCGAGCACGUCAGCCUGUCGGACGACAGCGUGGCGCGGCUGUCGGAGCGCUCGCUGGGGCUGGCGCUGCAGCCGCUGCAGGCGGCGUCGUGCCGCAUGGCGGGCGUGGCGCUGCCCGGGCUGGGCGUGGCGGCGGCGCUGCCGCGGCCCAAGUCCGAGCACGACUUCAGCUCCACGCAGCAGCCGCAGCUCACGUCCGCCUCCGCCGCCUUCCACAAGUCCGACGCCGGCAUAGCGCCCUGACGCCGCACCGUCUGCUAGGGGCCCCGGGGCCGCCGAGCGCCGACCGAUAGCAAUACUAGGCUUAGUGCGAGCCGACACUCGCUAGUUGUAGCGUAGACACGAGUAUUAUAGCUGCGACUUCGCCGGGCGCGUCCGCGAGACGCCGCCCGCUGAAUCUCAUUUUGUGAUCUUAUACUUAAUUCUCCUGUGUUAUAAUUUAGGUUAAAUUUUAUAUCAUUGACGCUGUGAGGAAUCGGCUAAUACGCGACGUAUUCCGAUUGUAUAGAUAUACCUGUUAUAUAUUGAAGAAUGAUACUAUUGAAUCUUUAUAGAGAUACCUUGCCAUUAAAAGAGAAAAUAAUUAUAUAGACUAGACUGAGAUGUAAAGAUAUCACUAUUUUAUGCUUUGUUGACGUAUGAAAUAGACCUCUAUUGUUGACGGAUGCCGAAUAUACGGUGGAAAGCGAACGUUCAAAGUGUAUAAACGUUCAUGUUGUUCACGAUUCGGAGAUGAUUAUAGUAUUUGAAGUUGUUUAAAAAUAUAUAAAUAGCUCGUGAAGCGACCGGAGCGCCACGGAAGUUCCGCGCGGCUUCGGAAGCUUCGGAGCUCCACGCGCGAUUCCAAUAGCACACACUUUGCUUUCUUCAUUUUAAUUAUAAGUAGUCAUAUCUACCGAUAAUCGAUAUAAUUAGCGCAAGACAAUUCUCUCGGUUUCCUAAUUAGAGGUGAAUCAGUAGCGCUUCGGAUAUUUUCGAAAUCCUUUCUUUAUGUAAAUAUUGUAUUAUCGAGGAUUCGCCUUUAGCGCGGUUUGUUUUGAGGGAGGACCGGAGGGUGGGUGGGGAGCGCCGAGCGGCGGCCCAGUCAAUUAUUCGGUGCGAUCGCGGCGCUUCGGGCCUGAACUUGAAUAGCCAGGAAGGACACAUUAAAGGCACCUUUUUGUAAUCGACAACCUUUAAUUUGUGCGUCACGCAGUAUGACCGCUUGCGUAACAGCACCAUGGGUAUUAAUCGCUUCAAAAACCAUAAGCCACCAUGACUAAUAACAACGAUCUUGGAAUUGGCUGUACUGCACUUAGAUAUCGCCACUUUUUGGUAUCAUUUUUCAAUAAUACGCAUUGUUAAUGUAGCAUUGAUACAAUGAUUGUGCACAAAGAAACUCAUUGUGAUUGACCGCGGUCGCGGUUUUUGUAUAAAUAUUUAUAAGGACUAUUUAUUGUAGCGUAUCGCACUACUUAUUUAUUAAAAUUAUGGCAAAUAAAAAGUUCAAACACUUCACUGUUCACUAACAGCAAUGACCAGAACUAUAGGUACUAUUAGCAUAAGUAAGUAAGAACAGUAUGUAGCCGUAUCAGCCACAGGUAUCAAUAUCAGCAACCAACCUAAAAACAUUUACUUGAUAGGUACCUACAAACGUACAUUUUGGGGCAACUUUCAUCCUAACAUGUCGUCUAGAAAAACCGGGGGGAAUCUCCCAACACGACACAAUAGUUAAGGGCCCAUUUACACGGCGCGAGAACACGAAUGCAAGUUCAAUUAUAUCGUGGAAUUACUUGUGACGUCAACAGUCCGCAAUGUAACUAAAAUCGCAUAUGACUUCAAGCACCAUGUAAAUGGGCCUUGCAACAGUGGCUUUCAAGAGCAGGCCCGAAGUUGUCGACGCGCCGCGGCCGUCGCCGGCGCAAUGCCUUCGCACUUCACAACUUGUUUUUACUUCUAGGGUAAAUAAUUUAUUAUCGAUAGAGAUCAUUUCGUAGAAGUAAGUAGGCCGGAGCGAUAACAAAUUCGAUUGAACUACGUUUUGUGAUAUUCGUAGAGCAGCGAAGGCUGCUGCGCCUCCCAGCCGCCGGCUCCGUAGGCCCAACGGCACCAGUUGCGUAGUUCAAUUAAGUAGACUUUUUUAAACAACUUGAGUGAUAGUACAAAGAUAAGUAAAUAUUAAGACUUUACAGUCAGGUGUCAUGUAAAUGA